CCAUGUUGUCCAAAACGUCGCUCUGAUUGGCUGUUAAAGCUGUCCGUUUUAGGUCACUGAGCCACACAGGGCUCGCCAAGCCAAAUCAGGGACCGAAACUAGCGUUGGGGAAAGAGCACACAGAGCAAGUGGUGUGGUGUCAGCAGUGGCUCAGGCAGAGGGAGGAAUCAAGUGGGAUACGCGUUGGGCUGUGUUAUAUCGUUCGGCUUUCGGGAUACUUUCAUUUCCUCUCAGAAGUUGGAAUGGCUGCCAACAACGAUAUGAGACGAGUUGUACGGCAGAGCAAAUUCCGUCACGUCUUUGGCCAGGCGGUGAAAAAUGACCAAUGCUAUGAUGAUAUCCGGGUGUCAAGGGUCACAUGGGACAGCUCCUUCUGUGCAGUCAACCCCAAGUUUGUUGCCUUAAUUAUUGAGGCAAGUGGUGGCGGAGCUUUCCUCGUUCUCCCUCUUCACAAGACGGGACGCAUUGACAAAGCCUACCCCACAGUGUGUGGUCACACAGGGCCGGUGUUAGACAUUGACUGGUGCCCUCACAAUGAUCAUGUCAUCGCCAGCGGCUCUGAGGACUGCACAGUGAUGGUGUGGCAAAUCCCUGAGAAUGGCCUUGUCACUUCCAUGUCUGAGCCAUUGGUGGUCCUGGAGGGCCACUCCAAGCGCGUUGGCAUCAUCACAUGGCACCCGACAGCACGCAACGUCCUUCUUAGUGCAGGUUGUGACAACCAGAUCUACAUCUGGAACGUGGGCACAGGAGAGGCUAUGAUCCGCCUGGAGGACAUGCACCCUGAUGUCAUUUUCAACGUGACCUGGAACCGCAACGGCAGCCUUAUCUGCACUGCCUGCAAGGACAAGACCAUCCGUGUCAUCGAUCCCCGCAAGGAGGCGAUUGUUGCUGAGAAGGAGAAGGCACAUGAGGGCGCCCGACCCAUGAGGGCCAUUUUCCUGGCUGAUGGCAACGUCCUGACCACAGGCUUCAGUCGCAUGAGUGAGAGACAGCUCGCCCUCUGGAACACGGAUAACAUGGAGGAGCCCAUGACUGUUAAUGAAAUGGACACCAGCAACGGCGUGCUCUUGCCCUUCUAUGACCCAGACACCAGCAUUGUUUACCUCUGUGGGAAGGGUGACAGCAGCAUCCGUUACUUUGAAAUCACAGACGAGGCUCCGUAUGUUCACUUCCUCAGCACCUUUGCCACAAAGGAGCCCCAGAGGGGCAUGGGCUACAUGCCCAAGAGGGGACUUGAUGUCAAUAAGUGCGAAAUUGCGAGGUUCUAUAAACUGCAUGAAAGGAAGUGUGAGCCCAUCGUGAUGACUGUACCAAGAAAGUCGGACCUGUUCCAGGACGAUUUGUACCCAGACACAUCUGGACCAGACCCUGCACUGGAGGCCGAGGAGUGGUUUGAUGGCAAGAAUGGAGACCCCAUCCUCAUCUCCCUCAAGAAUGGCUACGUCCAGGGCAAGCACCGCGAAUUCAAGGUGGUCAAAAAGAACAUUUUGGACAGCAAGGUGACCAAGAACUCAGAGAACUCAAGCCCUGCCAACAAGUCUGCCUCCCCAACUCCAGUGAUUAAAUCUGAAGCCAAGCUGGAGGAGAUCUUGAAAGAAAUCAAAUCCCUCAAGGACCUGGUCAGCAGUCAGGAGAAGCGAAUCAUCAAACUUGAAGAUCAAAUGUCCAAAAUUGCCAUAUAGCGACCCUGUACCCGAACCGCUACAAUUCAGGACGUUCCAUUGGCUGGGGGGUGGGCGGGGCCAGUCACUGCCUAUCACAAUGACAGUGUUUUGUCUGAGGGCCUGCCUAGCAAUGACCCCUAGCAACAUUCCAGAUGAACUUUUUCUUAGCCAGCCCCCGACCCUCAGUUUAACACAGGUGGAAAAAGGACAAAUUUAGCAGAAAAUACUCUUUGGUUUUUGGUGACAAAGGACUCCAUUCCUUUUGUGUGGCAGUUUUUAUUUUGUCUCCUUGUAUGAAACGUUUUUUUGCAUUUUCCUUUGCAUUUUUAAAAGUACAGUAUGACCAAUACAAUUCCAAUAUCAAUAGUCCACAUUUGCCAUCAGAUUUCCCAAUUUCAGUUUUAAGUAGGUAUCAGUGUUUCAUGUUACUAUAAGCCAAAAUUAUAAUGUUGCCAAAUUUCACCAUUUGUUUACACCUCCUUAACAGUAUUUCUUUCUCUCUUUGCUGGAAGAGUCAAAAUGCAAACAGGGACCCUCUGUGCAGUAGUUAUGUAAGGAGGUCAAUAAUAAUUCACUAUGAAAUCAAAAUCAUUGAAAUAAGUUGGAUGGCUAGGGAGAUUGACAUCUCAAACCGUAAGUAGGAGCAAAAACAAAUUAGAUUGAAGUCCCAUUUAGCUGCCACAGUCUACACCAAGCACUCAGACCAUACAUGUAUGACAAUUUUCCGCCAUCUGUGUUGAAUCUGCACAAAUUUACUCUUGCUUUCUGCCUUUCCUUCUCAUUCCUGACACUUCUCGUCUUUCUUACUGUGGACAAUAGUCCACAUAAACACGCAUUCCUUUCUGUCUUGCUUCAUUAACAUGCACUGUGUGCUAAAUGGAAAAAUGACAGACACAUUCCAUAAAUCUCAUUGGCAGUUCUUGAUUUCAGGAAAUACCUCUUUCUAAAAAGUUCCUCCUUCUGCGAACGCUCUACUGUAGUGACUCGGUUGCACUGGUGGGUUGUUAUAGUGACAUCUAUGUGCUGCCCAUGAAAAGACCAAAUUUGUUGAUUUUCAACCUCAGCUGUGCUUUGUUUGUGUGAGAGGCCCAUUCCCCGACAUCUGUGUUCAGUUCCCACGGGCUUCACUCAUCUCACAAGUACAGUCAAGUGUAAUGGGAUUAUUUCCAUGUCACUGCUCCUUUGCAUUACAUGCCAUCUCAGACCUGUAUUUUUUUUUUACAAACUAAGCAGGAAUUGACAUGAGAUGACACCAAGUAAUCACAUUAUCUUGACUAUUUAAAACCUUCUGGUGAUGAAACUGGAGAUGGCUACAGAAACUGUUCAUGAUAGAUCUUAAAGGCCUAGAUUGUGUGUGAAUAUGUGCCUCAUGUCUUUGGUCUUUUGGGUACCUGUCAAUAUGGAUGUUCUUGCUUUGUUUCUUUUUGGGGGGGAAGGGGAUGUCCAAGACUUGCCUCUAACUUGGAUAAAUUAAAUAGUUGGCUUAUUGCUUCAAAUUUAAUUUUAGCCUGUUUUUGUUUCAGCUGUGCUUAUAUCCCUCUAAGUACUUCCACUUUUUAUGUUUUUUUUCCCCCCAGAUGCCCCUGCUCAGUAUAGUUAUCACAAAAUUAAGGAACCAUUCAACUGUCCGGUCUGAGAUGUUUUGAUCUGACAGACUCUCGUGUUUUCGUUUUGUUUUCCAGUGAGAAGCUGAGACGGGUAGUAGUUCAGUCUGUUUGCCUUUAAUAUUCGUUACCACUGUAAAGACCUGGAAGUGCCAUAGAGGUGACCAUGGAAGUGUUUGUAGCGGGGUGUUGUGAGAAUAGAUUGGUGUAGUAAAUGGAAGAGUCAACAGGUGCCCAGAUUUAAAACCACUUUAAGGUGCUAUACUCGGUACAAACACUAUGUUGCAAGGACCCUGCUCUUAAAGUACUGCGUCAGCCACCUGAAGGACGUCAUGAAGUCCUGUCGAUCCAUACCACAAUACACCAGGCAGCAUUAGUGGUCAGGGUUUGUAAGUAAGCUAUGUGCCCCUGACAUUUUUGACACUUUCACCUUCGUACGGGUAUUCAAAACAUCUUCAAAAAUGAUGUCAAACUGAGAAGCUGUCAGCUGCCCUUUGAGUCAUCGUGGCUUCGAGAUGCAAUUAGAGCAGUAAGUCGUAGAAUAUUAGUGACGGGAAAUCUGGAAGAGUGCUACAGAAAUGUGUGUCUGACACAAAUGAUACUGCCCUAUCUUGUAGAUCAGACGGCCACUCAGAGGAUUCUUUAUAGCACUGUUGGCAUGAGAGGAGUUUUGAGGAGUAGUGAAUAGAGAUCCAAAGGGACACUGUAGGUUGGAGAAAUGUGCAGAUGUAUGUUUGUAAUUUAGGUCUAGAAAACUGAGUGAAAGCUGCGUAAAAAAACGACCAUAUUUUCUGUAUUUUUAAAAAAGUUUUAUUUCCUUUUUGUUCCGUGGUUGUGCUGAAGAGGGUAUUUGUGUGGGAGGUGGGUUUUAAAUGUUUCCCUUUUGUCUGUGUUCCCUGCACCUUGCUAUAAUGCAUAAUGAGAAAAGCAGAUCGGGGGUCAUGAAUAAAAGAAAGAAUCUGACAAACGAACCAGGAUUAAGCCUCGCGUUGGUCUGCUCAGCAAUUUUGUUCAUUAUUCUUGCUUCAAGUAUCAAACAUUGAUUAUAAGAAAAAUAAUAAACAAUUUUUAAAAUGGC